CAUUUCUUUUCUCUCUCUGUAUACUCUCUCUUUCUAUCCUCUUCUCUUCUUUGCUUUCUAUGAUUCCCACUCGUUUUUCUCCAAACACUUCAAAAAAGUAACAUUAGAGAGAGAAAAUAAAACAACCUCGCCGCCGGCACGAAUCUCGCCGGAAAAUGCACUGAGCAUUGAUUUCUCACCGGAAAAAGGUAUAUUCGAAAAUGAGUGAUACAGUGGUGAACGAUGAAGUUGUUGAGGUUGUUAGUUCAACGAAGAACAACAUUCCGGAGCCGGAGAAGGAAAGCAAACCUUCUCCACCGGCGGUGAUUGCUGGAAGAAGCCGUUCACAAGGAGGAGGUAGAAGAGUGACACCGACGAGCUUCACGGUGGUUUCUGAUGGUAGAUCCGUUGUUGAGAGAGUACUUCCGAACGGAGAUUUCUAUGCCGGAAGUUUCUCCGGUAACGUACCGAAUGGAUCCGGGAAGUAUCUAUGGACCGACGGUUGCAUGUACGAAGGUGAAUGGAAACGAGGUAAAGCUUCAGGGAAAGGGAAAUUUUCAUGGCCUUCAGGCGCGACUUACGAGGGAGAGUUCAAGUCGGGUCGAAUGGAAGGAUUCGGAACAUUCGUUGGAUCCGACGGUGAUACAUAUCGUGGGUCAUGGAGCUCCGAUAGAAAACACGGGUUCGGUCAGAAACGUUACGCGAACGGUGAUUUAUACGAAGGGUGGUGGAAGCGUAACGUUCAAGAUGGUCAAGGACGUUACGUUUGGAAGAAUGGGAAUGAGUAUGUUGGUGAAUGGCGUAACGGCGUUAUAUCUGGGAAGGGUUCGUUAGUUUGGGUUAACGGAAACCGUUUGGAGGGUUUGUGGGAGAAUGGUGUUCCGAAAGGACAAGGUGUUAUGAAGAUUCAACAUGGUUUUGGUGGGUUUGUUUGGAAUGACAAUUUUGCCCCUGUGAUGAUGAGGAAACGUUCUUCUGUUGAUACUACUGUUAGUGGUAGAGGGAGUUUGAAUGAAAAGAAUUUUCCUAGGAUUUGUAUUUGGGAAUCUGAAGGUGAAGCUGGUGAUAUUACUUGUGAUAUUGUUGAUAAUGUUGAAGCUUCCAUGUUUUACCGCGAUGGGACGUGUUCCGAUCCUGAUGAGUUUCGAAAACAUCCUUGUUGUUUCUCUUCUGAGGUUAAGAGACCUGGUCAAACUAUUUCUAAAGGGCAUAAGAAUUAUGAUUUGAUGCUUAAUUUGCAAUUGGGGAUUAGAUACACGGUUGGGAAGGAAGCAUCGAAGUUGCGAGAGCUUAAACCUAGUGAUUUUGAUCCUAAGGAGAAGUUUUGGACAAGGUUUCCGAGUGAAGGAUCCAAGAUUACCCCGCCUCAUCAAACCGCGGAGUUUCGAUGGAAAGAUUACUGUCCUGUUGUUUUUAGACAUUUGAGGAAGCUGUUUCAGGUUGAUCCUGCUGAUUAUAUGUUGGCUAUAUGUGGGGAUGAUGCUCUCAGAGAACUUUCCUCUCCCGGGAAAAGCGGAAGUGUUUUCUACUUGACCCAAGAUGACAGAUUCAUGAUUAAGACAGUGAAGAAAUCUGAAGUCAAGGUGCUUCUUCGGAUGCUUCGAAGCUAUUACAAACACGUGUCCAAAUAUGAGAAUUCACUGGUGACAAAAUUCUUUGGGGUACAUUGCGUGAAACCAAUUGGAGGCCAAAAGAUCCGGUUUAUUGUGAUGGGCAAUCUUUUCUGCUCUGAAUAUCCAAUUCAUAGACGAUUUGAUUUGAAAGGAUCUUCACAUGGUCGUGCAACAGAUAAACCUGAGGAUGAGAUUGAUGAAACAACCACCCUCAAAGACCUUGAUCUGAACUAUGUGUUUCGUGUACAGAGAAAUUGGUACCAGGAUCUUAUUAAACAAAUUGAGCGGGAUUGUGAGUUCUUGGAAAACGAGAAAAUUAUGGACUACAGUCUUUUGGUUGGCCUUCAUUUUCGUGAUGACAACACUUACGACAAAAUGGGGUUGUCACCUUUUCUUCUACGCACUGGCACUCAGGAUUCAUAUCAUACUGAGAAGUUCAUGCGUGGUUACCGCUUUCUCGAAGCAGAGCUGCAAGAUAGGGAUCGAGUUAAAUCUGGAAGGAAAUCAUUAAUCAGGCUAGGAGCCAAUAUGCCAGCAAGAGCGGAACGAUUGGCAAGGAGGAGUGAUUUUGAUCAAUACACCAAUGGUGGAAUCAGUCAUUUGAAUCCUUAUAGCAGUGGGGAAGCUUAUGAUUGCGUUCUAUAUUUUGGGGUUAUCGAUAUUUUGCAAGACUAUGAUAUCAGUAAGAAGCUUGAGCAUGCUUACAAGUCUUUACAAGUUGACUCUACUUCAAUUUCUGCUGUUGAUCCAAAGCUAUACUCAAAAAGGUUUCGAGAUUUUAUUGGAAGAAUAUUCAUUGAAGAUUGGUAAGCAGUGACCAGUUAGUACAAAAUGAGGCUAAAAUAUCUUCUCCUGAAGGUUAAAAAAUGCCAUGAAUCAUAUGAUGAUCACAAAAAUCCAGGAAAAAUAUUUGGAAGUUUGAAACCCACUUGCAAAGGAGGGACCUUAGAGUUGACUGUUCAUCAGAUCACUGUAAGUGGGGCCUCAAAGAAUCUCACUUGAGUUGGUGUUGUUUUUUGGCUGAAUUUUGAAGAUACAGCCAUGAUGAUGAUUUGCUGGAUCAGGGAAAACAUGUAUAUGAAAAAAAUGGGUUGUAUUUUUUUUUUGAAAUGGGGUGGGAGUUAUUUAAUUUAUUGUGGUUACCAAUAGGAUAUGAAUAUGAUGGAAAAAAAUAUAGGAAGAGGGGUGAAGGGAAAAUUGUUUCCCUGAGAUUAGAUUAAAAAAAUGCUUGGAUAGUAGAAAAAUAAAAACAAUGUACAGUUGUUAUACAAAGGGUGGAUGGAAAGUUCUUUUUUCAACUAAUUAUUUAUUAUUCUUGAGGUAUUGUGAAUUUGAGAUACAUUUUUCAAACCAUGUAAUGAAAUUUUUGUCUUGAA